AUGCUCUUCCUCGCGAUGCUCGUCGUCGUCAGCUCCGAGGGCCUCCGCGGGCUGCUCCAAGAUGGCAUGGCGUACCUGGCCACGUACCCGUCGCUCUUCCUGCUCUUCCUCCUCUUCGGCUUUGCCGUCGCGGUCGCGAGCUCCAUCUUGCACUACCGGUUCCACGACGCUAACAAGGUCGCGGCCGUGCCCAUGGCGUGCUACGACUGCGAGCAGCAGUCCAAGACCAAGAAGACGACCAAGGCCGACGUCGCGUCCAAGCGCACGAUGGCGGAGAAUGUUGGUAUCCUUGCCAUGGAGGUCUACUUCCCGGCCAACUACAUCGACCAAGCCGACCUCGAGCAAUACGAUGGCGUGAGCGCUGGCAAGUACACCAAGGGCCUCGCCCAAGACAAGAUGUGCUUUACGGGCGACCGCGAAGAUGUCAACUCGAUCGCGCUCACGGCGGUCAAGAACCUCCUCGAAAAGUACGACAUCCACCCGUCGCAGAUUGGCCGCCUCGAAGUCGGUACCGAGACGAUGGUCGAUUUGUGCAAAUCGACCAAGACGGUGCUCAUGGACCUCUUCCACGAGCAUGGCAACUACGAUCUGGAAGGUGUGACGUCUGUGAACGCGUGCUACGGUGGUACGGCGGCCCUCUUCAACUCGGUCGCGUGGGUCGAAAGCCGUGCGUGGGAUGGCCGCUACGCGCUCGUUGUGUGCGGUGACAUUGCGGUUUACGCCAAGGGCCCCGCGCGCCCGACGUGCGGUUGCGGCGCUGUCGCUAUGCUCAUCGGCCCCAACGCGCCGCUCGUCAUGGAGAGCGAGCUGCGCACGACGUUCUCGGAGAACAUGUGGGACUUUUACAAGCCGGACCCGCACUCCGAGUACCCGACCGUCGACGGCAAGUUCUCGCAGUCGUGCUACCUCAAGACGCUCGACGACUGCUACCGCCGCUUCUGCGUCAAGAACGAGCUCGCCGGUGUCACCAAGAACGGCAAGAACUUUGACGUGGCCGCCAACGACUUUGUCAUCUUCCACUCGCCGUACAACAAGCUUGCGCAGAAGGGCUUUUCGCGCAUCAUCUUCAACGACUUUCUCCGCAACCCGUCCCUGCCGCAGUACGAACUCCUCAAAAAGUGGCACGGCGCCAAGCUCGAAGACACGUACUACGACCGCGACUUGGACGCGGCCGCGCGCAAGGUGUCGCUCGACCUCUGGAAUCGCAUGGUCGAGCCGUCCUGCGGCGCGUCGCGUGCGAUUGGCAACUGCUACACGGCCUCCGUGUACAUCAACCUCGCGUGUCUCGUCGACACGGCCCGCGCGUCGCUCCACGGCAAGCGCAUCAUGCUCUUCUCGUACGGCUCGGGUGCGGUCGGCUCGAUCUUCUCGCUCCGCGUGCCCCGCCCGGCGGACCGGUUGCCGACCGAGGCUGGCGCUGUGCCGUUCACGCUCGAGCGCAUGUCGGACUCGCUCAACCUCGUACGCCGCCUUGACGCGCGCAUGAAGCGGACGCCCGAAGAGUUCAACGCGCACUUGGACUUGCGCGAGGCGUCGCACGGCCUCAAGUCGUACACGCCGCUGCAGUCGACCGAUGCGCUCUUCCCCGGCACGUACUACCUCGUCAAGGUCGACGACAAGCACCGCCGCACGUAUGCGCGCAAGGCGCUCAACCAGCCGCUCGCGUAUGCUGCGCUGCCGCCGCUCGCGGUCGCGCCGCCGUCGCCCAAGCCCGUGGUCGCGGCCCCCAAACCGAUGCGCGUCGUUGUCUCGGGCGUCGGCGCCGGUGCGCCGGGCGCGGCGGGUCCGUUCCGCGCCGACACGUUCGAGAAGCUUCUUGCUGGCGACAACCACAUUGACGUGCUCGGUGACGAUGCCAAGGACGCGAUGCUGGCACGCCGCGUCGUGCAGAUCUCCAAGAAGGACGGCGUGACGACGCGCGCGCCAGUGAGCUCCGCCGACGAGUGCAUCAAGCUUGCGGCCGUGCUUCGCCCCGUGGACCUCGUCGCCCAGUACGGCAUCCCCAAGAGCCUUGUCGAAGGCAUGGACACAGCGUCGAUCGCCGCCGUCGCCGCCGGCCUCGACGCGCUCAAGCAGUCGGGUCUCGUGGCUGGUACCGUCGAGAACGGCUGGGGCAACUGGCGUCUUCCGGACGCGAUGGCCGACUCGACCGGUGUCUUGUACGCGACGUCGUUCCCGGCGCUCGAUGCGGCCGUAAAGGAGGUCGCGCGCUUCCACACGACGCCGACCGACGACUAUGAGUUUGACCGCAAGCUCCUCUUCCGCCUCCUUGUGCUCGCCAACGCGCAGAUUGCGCAGAUCGUCGGUGCCAAGGGCCCGAACGCCCAGGUGAACGCGACGUGCGCCGGUACGACGGUGGCCAUCUCGAUGGCGCAGGACUGGAUCAAGUCGGGCAAGUGCCAGCGCGUCAUCGUUGUCGCCGGCGACAUUGCGAGCAGCGAGAGCCUCCUGCCGUGGAUCGGCAGCGGCUUCCGCGCGCUCGGUGCCGCGACUCUGGCCUCGACGGUCGCGGACGGCGCUGUGCCGUUCGACAAGCGCCGCAACGGCAUGCUUCUCGGUGGCGGCGCCGUCGGCCUCGUGCUCGAAGCCGAGUCGGCGACGAUCGCCCGCGGCCUCUCGACGCCGUCGACGGUGCACUUGGUCGCGAGCCAAGCGAGCAACUCGGCCUUCCACGGCGCGUCGAUCGACAAGGAGCACCUCGCGCACGAACUCAACCGGUUCCUCUCGACGAUCGAGGCCGAGCACGGCAUCUCGCGCGCUAUGAUCGCUGCGCACGGCGUCUACUACAGCCACGAGACGGGCACGCACGCGUCGCCGUCCAAGUCGUGCGCGUACUCGGAGAUCUCGGCGCUGCGCUCGGCGUUUGGCGACGCCGGUCUGGCGACGCUCGUGAUUGCGAAUACAAAGGGCUUCACGGGCCACCCGAUGGGCGUCUCGUUCGAGGACGUGGUGGCCGUCGAGGGCCUCAAGCGCGGCCGCAUCCCGCCGGUUGUCAACUUCAAGAUCCACGACGACAACUUGAGCGCGACGCCGCUCCGCCUUAGCAACGGCGGCGCGUACCCGGACGUCAAGUACGCGCUGCGUUUCGCGGCGGGCUUUGGCUCGCAAGUCGCCUUUACGCUCUACGCGCGCACAGACAAGACGAUGUAA